GGCGCGCGCACGCCGCCCGGCGUCCUCGCUCCCGGGGCGUCGCCCCGCGUGCGCCGGAGUCGCCGAGGCCACCCCCGGCACCGGAAGUGACCCUGGCGGGUUUGCCUUCAAAUUCUUGCUUACAGUUGAGCAUGAGUCUUCUUAUGAUUAGUGAGAAUGUAAAAUUGGCUCGUGAAUAUGCGUUGCUGGGAAACUAUGACUCCGCGAUGGUGUAUUAUCAGGGAGUUCUUGACCAAAUGAACAAGUAUCUAUACUCAGUCAAAGAUACGUACCUCCAACAGAAAUGGCAACAGGUUUGGCAGGAAAUAAAUGUGGAAGCUAAACAUGUUAAGGAUAUCAUGAAAACACUAGAGAGCUUUAAAUUAGACAGCACUCCAUUGAAAGCUGCACAGCAUGAGCUUCCCGCUUCUGAGGGAGAAGUCUGGUCCUUGCCUGUACCUGUUGAACGAAGACCCUCACCAGGUCCUAGAAAACGCCAGUCUUCUCAAAGCAGUGACCCUAAACCACACAGUAACCGUCCAAGUACAACUGUCAGAGUUCACCGUCCAUCUGCACAUAAUCUUCACAAUGACAGAGGGAAAGCUGUUCGUUGUCGAGAAAAGAAAGAACAGAAUAAAGGAAGAGAGGAAAAGAGCAAAUCACCUGCUGCAGUGACAGAACCAGAGACAAAUAAAUUUGAUAGUACUGGAUAUGAUAAAGAUUUAGUAGAAGCUUUGGAGAGAGAUAUAAUUUCUCAGAAUCCCAAUGUUCGAUGGGAUGAUAUCGCUGAUUUGGUAGAAGCUAAGAAGUUGCUUAAGGAAGCUGUGGUGUUACCAAUGUGGAUGCCAGAGUUCUUUAAGGGCAUUAGGAGACCAUGGAAAGGAGUGUUGAUGGUUGGCCCGCCCGGCACGGGAAAGACCCUCCUUGCUAAAGCAGUAGCUACAGAAUGCAAGACAACAUUCUUCAAUGUCUCUUCAUCAACGCUGACUUCCAAAUACAGAGGAGAGUCGGAGAAGCUUGUUCGUCUUCUGUUCGAAAUGGCUCGAUUUUAUUCUCCAGCCACCAUAUUUAUUGAUGAGAUUGAUUCCAUUUGUAGUCGCAGAGGGACUUCUGAAGAGCACGAAGCAAGCAGAAGGGUGAAAGCCGAGCUGCUGGUUCAGAUGGACGGUGUUGGAGGUGCUUCUGAAAAUGAUGACCCUUCCAAAAUGGUUAUGGUUCUGGCAGCCACUAAUUUUCCCUGGGAUAUUGAUGAGGCUCUAAGACGACGUCUUGAGAAAAGAAUCUACAUUCCAUUACCGUCAGCAAAAGGCAGGGAGGAGCUACUACGAAUUAGUCUCCGUGAGCUGGAAUUGGCCGAUGAUGUUGACCUUGCAAGUAUAGCAGAAAACAUGGAAGGUUAUUCAGGUGCAGACAUUACCAACGUGUGCAGGGAUGCGUCCUUGAUGGCAAUGAGAAGGCGUAUUGAAGGUUUGACCCCAGAAGAAAUCCGAAAUCUUUCAAGAGAAGAAAUGCACAUGCCUACAACUAUGGAGGAUUUUGAAAUGGCUUUAAAAAAGGUUUCUAAGUCAGUAUCUGCUGCAGACAUUGAAAGAUACGAGAAAUGGAUAUUUGAGUUUGGAUCAUGCUAAGUUCUCACAUGUAAACUGUGAGAAAUCUGCCUUAAGUGUUUGAAUAAUUAAAUGUAGUAUUUCAUUGCACUGAGUGCUAUAUUUUUUUAAACUUUCAUAAUGGUAAGAUUAAAAAAAAACUUAUGAUUCUGAAUAAAGGCAAUUUUUUAAAGCUCCAAGCAGCCUGUUUUACUUUAGCAUUACUUGGUUUCUCGUUCACUGACCACAAAUGUUGCAACACAAAUGCUAUUACUUAGUUUGGAAAACCAUCUUUAUCCACAUUUCUCAGUAUAGCAUCUUCAUCUGUGGUUGCUCUUCCUUCUAGGGAGUAAGACUGGAUCCAGCUUCUCGGCUGCUGGUUGAAAACUCUAGAUUCCUGAACAUUUUUACACAAGUAGCCAAUUGAAACAUGAACCGCACCCAGUGUGCCUUCCUGCCUGCUUUCUGUUAACGGUAACUUCCAUUUCCUGGGAGAUCUUUAAAGACCCUUCAUUUUAUCUACAUACAACGUUACCUGAUUUUAUUCUGCCUACAUAAGCGAGGCUGCACUACAGGCAAGUAGCUGUUUCUAAGCCGGUGCUGCUCGCUGUACUCCAAUGAAAUGCAUUGACCCAUUCAUUCAAGGAUACUAAGCAUAAUUCGAAUAAUAGUUAAUGGUGUAAAUAAAAGUUAAAUGAAAUACGAGUUAAUGGUAUAAAAUUUUAGGUAAGAUUUCCAUUUCUGAUUGCUUGUAAAAAAAAAAAAAACACAAAACAAUUUAUUGUAUCAUCCCAACCAUAGAAAACAGAGCCUCAAGGAGAUUGAGUGUCUUGCCAUCGUCCCAAGUCCCACUGGUAAAGUGAAAAGGCAGGACAGGAAUCUGCUGACUGCAGAGCCUCCAACUGGCCAUGUAGCCUCCUACACUGUCCUCCAUGCUAGAAUCUGUAAGCUUAUGCUCAGGGGAUGGGAUAGACUCUGUCAUUGUGUGGAAUUAGAAGUGGUGACUUCUAGCAAUUAAGAGAGUGAAGGAGGACAUAAAUAGUGUUGCUAGCUGGGUGACUUUAGGAUCAAAUAGUAAAUUGCCAUUAUUCUAUAAUAUGGAGAUAGUACAUUUCUCAGGGCUAUUAUUCCUUAUUAAAAAGAGCUAGGCAAAAUGAAACAUCACUCCUUCACUCUACUUACUUCCUGCCAUCCUUCCCCCUAUCUAUUUAGCCUAAAUAUAAAAUGGUUUUAAAAACCAGUCAUUGCUUAGUUGGACAAUGUGUUUAAAAUGAUGGGUUGCAAUAAAAAAUUUUAUUAAUAAAACAAGAGAAAAUAUCACAUGGAGUAAAGUAUUGUAUGUAAUAGAUCAUACUGUAACAUCAUGUCAAUAUGGGUAAUGGUUAAAAAAAAAAAAAA